AUGACUGUCGACCAAGAUUACGAGAUCUUUAAGCUGGGAGACUGGGAACUCCAGAGCGGGCAGAAAAUACUCGAUGCGCAUCUUGCAUACAAGACUUUUGGAGACCCGACCUCCCCCGCAAUUGUCUACCCCACAUGGUUUUCCGGGAGAGACGAUAAAGUCCUGACUCCGAAGAAGUACUUCAUCAUCAUACCUGCGCUCUUCGGAAACGGCCAGUCCUCGUCUCCAUCCAACCAGCCGCAUCUACGGCCAUUUCCGAAAUGCUCAUUCUACGACAAUGUUCGCGCUCAGCACAAGCUUGUCACAGAGCACUUUGGAAUCCAGCAUCUACGUGCAGUGAUCGGCUGGUCAAUGGGAGCAGCACAGACCUAUCAAUGGGCGACUCAGUAUCCCGAGUUCAUGGACGUCGCAAUUCCUUUUUGCGGGUCGGCAACGACAUCGCUGCAUAACCAGGUGUUUUUGGAAGGCGUCAAGAGCGCCUUGCUUGCAGCGAAGCGCGUCCCAUCGGCGGGUUCGGGAAAGAUUGGCCUUCUAAAGGCCGAUCAGAGUUUGGGGACGUGGAGUGCCGAAGACAGAGAGAUUGGUUUGAAAGCUUUUGCUAGAGUGUAUGCUGGCUGGGGUUUCAGCCAGGCCUUCUACCGGGAGAAGUUGUACGAGACAGCUCUUGGCUACAAGGACCUGGAGGACUUUAUGCAAAAUUUCUGGGAGAAGUGGGCUUUAUCCAAAGACCCGGAUAAUCUGUUGGUGAUGCUUCAGACCUGGCAGAAUGGAGAUGUGUCCCAGCAGGAACCAUACAAUGGUAAUUUUGAGAAGGCUAUCGCCUCAAUCAAGGCCAAGACCCUGGUGAUGCCAGGAAAAACUGACCUAUAUUUCCCUCCCGAGGACUCCGAAUAUGAAGUCUCCUGCAUGCAAUCUGGCAUUGGAACUCUUCGCGUGAUUCCUUCUAUCUGGGGUCACUGGGCUGGUGGUCCUGGAGACAGUAAAGAUGAUGUGAAGUGGCUGGACGAGCAACUGGCAGACUUCCUGUAG